AUGUCUCAAGCUAAUACUGCUGGUNCUAAACUAAUGUCUCAAGCUAAUACUGCUGGUAUUAAUUCUACUGCUAAUGUUAAUGAAGCUGGUGCUCAAACAACUCUAACCUCAUCACAGGUUAUGAGCUUAAUGGGGUUUAAUGUGUUUAAUGGGCUCACUAUUCCAGAUGAAUUAAAAUUAAGUUCAAAAGCAAACUAUACAUUAUGGAAGAACAAUGUUAUUAGAUUAUCACAAGGUGUUGGUGCUGGUUUUGCUGAAUUUGUUGCAGAUGAAGUUGCUGCUGAAGCUUAUCCAACUCAAAUGAAUAAUUAUUUAGAUGCAUUAUUAUCAAUUACAGUUAAGGAGAGUAUCUUAACUCCCAUUCGUCGUUUAGGUCGUCUUGGUAAAGACCUUUACUUGGAUAUUCUUAGAGAUUUUGGUGAACUACAAGUCCACGACAAAGUGAAAAUAAUCACAAAUUACUGGGAUAAAUUAGUUAAUCCAUCUGGUGAAUUGAAAACUAAAUUUACUGUUGAAAAAGAAUUUUUGCAAUUUUGGAAAUCAACUCCUGCUGAAGAACAAGAUGCUCUUUUUCAUUUUAUUUGGAUUCAUUUAUCAAAAUCAGGUUUAAUUUCAAAAUAUUUAGAGGGAUAUGAUCCACAAUUAAGUACUGCUGCUCUUAAAAGGUUUAUUAAUGUUCAUCCAGAAUUAAAUGAAUCAUCAGGUAAUGCUAAUGCUGUUUAUACUGGUCCUACAAAUAAUAGUCGUCAAAUUGCUACUCCUUCAAAUGUUGGUGAUCUUUUCCGUUUACAAUGCCCAAAUUGUUUUGGAUUAGGUCAUAGUGCUCGGUCCUGUUCCUCAGCAAAUAGGGCUGGUCUUAGAGUACCAGAUUUAGAAAGAAGAUUAAGUUAUUAUCAAUAUAGAUCUGGUAAAUUCGGUGGUUCAAAAGAUCAAUUUAAAAGUAAAGAUGCUAAAGCUUUUCAAAGUACUAACUCAAAUCCUUGGGCUAAUAAAGAUUCUGGUAAAGCAAAUGUUAUCCAACUUGAUUCAUCUGUUAUUGAUACUUCAGUUAUUGCUAAUUCGGUUUCUGCUGAUACUUCAAAAUGA